AUGUCAGACGGUGCAAACCUGAUACUAAAUAUAAAUACAAUAUCAACGCAAGUAAUACGAUAUUUAUCCAUAUUUCUACUUGUGUUUGGGACAAUUGGUAACGUAUUAAACCUAAUUGUAUUUCUUCAACGUUCAUUACGCUCAAAUCCAUGUUCAGUUUACUUUUUCUCGUCUUCAAUAUCAAGUUUAGUAUCACUCUACUCUGGACUUAUAACACGUACAUUAGCCACUUAUCGAUUAGAUCCAACAAAUAAGUCCUCUAUACAGUGCAAAAUACGAAGUUUUUUCCUGUUUUCUUCAUUUACAACAUCAACGUGGUUGAUUGCAGUGGCAUCAAUUGAUCGCUAUUUUAUUAGCUGUCAAAGUACUCAACGUCGACGUUUAAGUAGUUUAAAAAAUGCCUAUUAUCUGACUGGAAUUAUAUCAAUUUUCUCCAUGCUAAUUUAUGCUGAAGUGUUUUAUUGUUUCGAAGCAAAUCUUUCCACUCCACCAUUACCAUUACCAUGCUAUUCUAAAAAUUAUUCAUGUCAAUUAUAUAAUGAUUUAACAUUUGCUAUUAUAUUUGUACUAAUACCUUGUUUAUUAAUGUUUAUAUUUGGCUAUUUAACGAUACUGAAUGUUAGAAAACUAAAUCGAGCUGUUGGAAUUACUUUUUCUACUCACAGUAAUAAUAAUAAUAAAGAUACAAAACACAUUAAGAAAUCUGACAGACAAUUAAUAGAAAUGCUUUUGGCACAAGUUCUGUUAUUAACAACGCUUGCGUUGCCAACAGCAAUUCAGCGUUUGUAUUCAACAUUAUCAGUAAAUACAGUCAGAAGUCAACUAACAUUAGCAAUUGAAAACUUCAUAUUUCAGUUGUUGCUUUUAUUAACGUUUGUUAGUACGAGUAUGCCAUUUUAUUUGUAUUUAUUAACUGGUACAUUAUUUAGACGAACUCUUAUUGGUCUAUUUUAUAAAGUCGUACUGGAUCAUACAGUUAGGGACGAAAUUUCAGUAACAAAUAUUAGACAAAAUACUGUCGUAUACAAUAAAUAA